AUGCGUCGGACGCAGGUCCUUUUAACUGCGCUGCUGGCCUUGGCUGGCAGCGUCCUGGCAGACAACAUUAAGCUGCAACAAGUUGAUCGUAAGAUCAGCCUCAACUCACAGUUUGUGCGUAUCAGCGAGACUGUGAAAGUUAAGAAUGUCGGAAGCUCUGCUGUCUCUGAGGUUAUCCUUUGCGAGUCUCUUGGUGGCGAUGCAGUGCUGUCGUUCUACAAGGUAGUGGAGACAUCUUCAAAACAUGCUUUGGCGGUGUCGCCGACCACGGUUGCGGAUGCGCCUGCUGAGGUUGCUUGCUACUCCGUUAAGUUGGCCAAUCCACUUCCCGCUGGCGAAACCGUCGGGUUGACGGUCACAGCUGUAUUGGCCAACGCACAGAUGCCAUACCCCGCGGAGAUCACGCAGACAGACACACAGCUUAUGUUGUAUAAGGGCAACGUGUAUGUCCUGUCACCGUACUCCGUGUCAUCCCAGACGACUGAGGUUGCCUUGCCGUCCAGCACCGUCAAGUCUUACACUGAAGAGAAACCCGUCAGCAAGGUGGACAAUAAGAUUAAGUACGGGAAAUAUGACCUUGUUAAGCCUUUCGCCGUUAAGGAGCUGUCGGUGCACUUCGAGAAUAACAAGCCGUUUAAGCACGUUCUGACAUAUGUGAAGGAGAUUGAGGUCUCCCACUGGGGUAACAUCUACGUGGAGGGGAAGUACGAGAUCAAGAACGCAGGCGCGAAGCACACGGGGUCCUUCUCGCGUCUGAAGUAUGGACACAUGUACAACGGGAAGGCAAACUCCUUCAGGGAUCUGCGGGCCGUUUUGCCCUCAUCAGCGCAUUCCAUGUAUUACGUAGACCUCAUUGGUAAUAUCUCCACCUCCAAUGUCCGCAAAUCGUUGGCGUCGACUGUCCUGGACUUCGACCUCCGCUAUCCACUGAUGGGCGGCUGGAAGGUGGACUUCACCAUUGGUUACAGUGUGCCCCUGGCGGGCUUCCUUACUUCCACGAAGGGCGGCCAGCGGCGCCUCACCAUGGACCUGUCGUCCCCUCUGGAGGACGUAUUCAUUGAGGACAUGGUGGUGCGGGUGGUCCUCCCUGAAGGCUCUGCCAACAUCAAGGCAUCCCUGCCCUAUGACAUGGAGCAGAGCUUCGACAUAAAGUACACUUACCUGGACACUACCGGCCGGCCUGUGCUGGUGCUGCACAAGCAGAACAUUGCGGCGCCGGAACACGCCGCCAAGUUCAGUGUUGACUAUGAUUUCAACAAGGUCCACAUUCUGCGUGAGCCGCUAUUGCUGGUGGGUGUCUUCUUCGCCCUGUUUGUUGCUGUGAUUGCCUAUAACCGGAUGGAGUUCACUAUCACCCGCGACGAGAAGUGGGAGGCGGCUCGUAGCAAAGAGGUCCUGGCCACCUACAUGGAGCAAAUCCAGGCUCUGCUCGAGGAUGAGGCGACCGUCCUGGCGGGGCUGACUCGCGCUACCAACCAGGUGCGGGAUGCGGCGGACGUGGACGCGGCGCAGCGUGAGAAGGCGAAUGUGGAGAAGCGGCUCAAGGAUCUGGAGGAGAAGGUUAAGCCGCUGCUGCUCGCUGUGGAGUCCCGCUCUGUCCGCGUGGCUGCCCAGGUCCGCGACGUGCUGGAAAAGACUCGCUCCCUGCAGGGUCGCUACUACAAGCAGCUGGCGGACCGCAUCGACCUCGUCAAGAAGGGAACCGGCAUGAGCGAGGUGAGUCGCAAGCUGGCGCCUGGCCAGGACGCCCUCAACGCUGCCAAGCGCGAGCUGGAAGGCUUGACCACGACGGUCUUUGGUGCUUACUGAUGGGCCACUGCCUGGCUGCUGUCUUGUUCGGCUCUCCAUGGGUUGCGAGGAGCACGUAAAAUGCUGUGGCCUAUCUUCUUGUGUGUUGAAUUAGCUUUGAUAAGGCUGAUAUAUCUUUCGCGGGACUGGACUGGGCAAUCGCUGGUUGCAGCGAGCCUUAUGUUGUUCCCCGAGCGCCCCGCAUAGCUGUACCUGUUCACAACGGGUUCAUGGAUGUGCGCGCUUCGUCAAGCCGCCAGUACUGUACUGCAGAGUCUUGUUAUAUGGAAGCUGAAUCACGAUGGCCCAGCGGUCGCGGCAGCGCGGCUGUGUGAAUUAAGGCAUAAACAAUAGAGUGCUGAGCCUAUGGGCCAACCCCAUUGCGUGCGUAGAAGAAUCUCGGGACCCUUGCAGCACGCAGCUUUUGCAAAGGUUCCGUGCGGCGGUACAUGCAGUUCACGUGAGUAUGCCUUUCCUCUGAUCGGAGAUCCGCUGCGCAGGACUGCCGACUGUGAUUCCGGCCAACGUGUGCAUGUUGUAAGAGGCGCGAAAGGCUGAAAGCGGCCUAAACGAUGUGUCCAAGCAUUUGGAAUCCAGUGAACUUUGUAACAUCGCUUUAUCGCC